AUGGGUGACGUCGCUGUCGAAAACCCAGCAAACCAAGUGGCACCUCACAAGAGGACCGCACACUCAGCCAUUCCCACCAUUGAUAACUUCGAGGGUGUAUCAACCGAUGGAGGAGACGACUAUGCGAACCUCAAGAAGCUCCAGAGGCAACUAGAGUACAUCCAGCUGCAAGAAGAGUACAUCAAGGAUGAGCAAAGGAGUUUGAAGCGUGAGCUUGUACGAGCUCAAGAAGAGAUCAAGCGGAUUCAGAGCGUGCCAUUAGUUAUAGGACAGUUUAUGGAGGCUAUUGACCAAAAUACUGGAAUUGUGCAGUCUAGCACCGGAUCCAACUAUGUCGUCAGAAUCCUCUCUACCCUCGACCGGGAGAAGCUCAAGGCUUCCUCCUCAGUUGCCCUCCAUCGACACUCCAACGCCCUUGUCGAUAUUCUCCCCCCUGAGGCCGACUCCUCCAUUGCUAUGCUUGGUGCCGACGAGAAGCCCGAUGUGACAUACGCCGAUGUCGGUGGUCUGGACAUGCAGAAGCAGGAGAUUCGCGAAGCUGUCGAGCUCCCCUUGACACACUUCGACCUCUACAAGCAGAUCGGUAUCGACCCCCCUCGAGGUGUUCUGCUCUACGGCCCUCCUGGUACCGGCAAGACCAUGUUGGUCAAGGCCGUUGCCAACUCGACCACCGCCAACUUCAUCCGUGUUGUCGGUUCUGAGUUCGUUCAGAAGUAUCUCGGUGAGGGUCCCCGAAUGGUCCGUGAUGUCUUCCGCAUGGCUCGCGAGAACUCUCCCGCCAUUAUCUUCAUCGAUGAAAUCGACGCCAUUGCCACCAAGCGAUUCGACGCCCAGACCGGUGCCGAUCGAGAAGUCCAGCGUAUUCUCCUCGAACUUCUCAACCAGAUGGACGGUUUCGAUCAGACCGCUAACGUCAAGGUCAUCAUGGCCACCAACCGAGCCGAUACUCUUGAUCCUGCUCUUCUCCGACCUGGACGUCUCGACCGAAAGAUCGAAUUCCCCUCUCUGCGAGAUCGCCGUGAACGACGCCUCAUCUUCUCGACCAUCGCCGGCAAGAUGAGUCUGGCUCCCGAGGUCGAUCUCGACUCCCUUAUUGUCCGAAACGACCCUCUUUCUGGUGCUGUCAUCGCUGCGAUCAUGCAGGAGGCCGGCCUCCGUGCUGUCCGUAAAAACCGUUACAACAUCAUUCAGAGUGAUCUUGAGGACGCCUACUCAAGCCAGGUCAAGGGUACCGGCGAAGAGAACAAGUUCGAUUUCUACAAAUAG